GUAACUUAAUUUAUUGUGUUUCACUUCCACAACCAACUAAAACUUGAUGUCAUUCUUUUACACUUGUCCUACAUAUUUCAACCUUCUUCUCUUACUUGUUUGCCACGAAUGCAACUUCCCACCUCUUCACCUCCUAAUCGAUAAUAUCCGAAGAAACAUAUCUAGAACUCUUUUCAACAUAUACGAACCGACACAAGCACUAACAUGGUGAACGGCGACAAGCACACUUCUGGUACCGUAAUAGUCGAUCACAACCACAACAAAACAUCUUACUAUUCCCCUAAAAACAUCCGCGGCAUAAUAUGCGCCACCAUCGUUGUCAUCCUCAUCCUCGUAGGCAUAACAGCCCUCAUACUAUGGCUACUUUACCGUCCACACAACCCUCGGUUUACCGUCGUCGGUGCGGCAGUCUACGGCCUCAACACUUCCUCUCCUCCCGUCAUCACAGCCAUACAGUUAACCUUCAUCACAAGAAACCCUAACAAUCGUGUUUCCAUUUACUAUGAUCACCUACUGGCUUUUGUUUAUUACCAAACUCAGCCCAUCACUCCACCGUUGAUACUGCCACCUCUGCACCAUGAAACGGACAGCACGGUGGCGGUUUCACCGGUAUGGCCGGUGUCUCCGGUGGUGUUUAAUGGGUUGGUGACGGAUGAGGCUGGGGUGGUGAGUUUGCGGCUGGUUUUGACCGGAAGAUUGAGGUGGAAGGCUGGAGGGAUAAAGACCGGUCGGAAAGGAGUGUAUGUGGGGUGUGAUGUGUUGGUUGCGUUGAAGUCGGGAGUGCUGGGUCUGGUUCCUUUGGUUGGACCUUCUGUGUGUAAAGUUGAUAUAUGAAAUAUGUAUUUAAGAGUCUUGUUUUUGGUAACUUGUUAAGUUCUUUUUUUUCCCUUCAUUUUACUUUUGAUUUCAAUGCAAAAUCUCAUGUAAUUAGCUCAUUGUUAAGUU